GUGGUGGUGGUUGAGGCAAGCUUGGAGACCUGAUCAACAGAACGCGAGAGCCGGGCAAAGAGAGGGAGAAAGAAUUACAAGAGGACGCCUGUUGAGAGAAGCCUCUUAAGUCUGGGAGCUGGAAUUAGAGCCACAGAAACUGCAGAGGGGAAGCCACAAAACCACAGUAAGUAAAUUAGGAGGCUGUGGCUGGAAAAAUGUAUAAUAAAGCCCCGGGCGGGGGAAGGAAUUUGUGGUCAUAGGAGUGCUUUAUGUACUGUACCUUAAUGAAUCGAUUUCCUGUCUCUAAAACGUUUGCAUUUCAUCAUUCUCCAUAACAUCAUUUCCUUCCUUAUUCCUGACCUUUUUAAAACUCCUUAUUCCACCUUUUUUAGGCACAUCCUUCAGUUUUGCAUCCAAUGUCACAUCUAUUUACCCCUCUAUUUCUUGUUCUUCCCAUCGGUAACUUGUCUCACCCAUUGUUCUCCUUCUGCCUCUCACCUUCUUGAAUCCACAGGUGAAGAUGCCUGCUAAUGGGAACCGCCCCUUGAAGCUGCAGUUUGGACUAAUCAACCAUGAGGGUCGCUACCUCACUGCUGAGGCCUUUGGCUUCAAGGUGAAUGCGUCAGCUCCCAGCUUAAAGAAGAAGCAGAUAUGGACUCUAGAGCAAGACUCCCAGGACACCCAGGUAGUCUACUUGCGCAGCCACCUGGGGCGCUACCUGGCCUCCGACAAGGACGGCAAGGUCACCUGUGAGGCCGACGGCCACAACUCAGACUGCCGUUUCCUCAUCGUGGCUCAGUCCGACGGCCGCUGGGCCCUGCAGUCUGAGCAGCACCUUCGCUUCUUCGGCGGCUCUCGGGACUACCUGUCCUGCUUUGCCCAGAUAAUCACAGAUGCCGAGCUGUGGGCGGUGCACCUGGCUCUACAUCCGCAGGCCAACCUGCUGUCUGUGGCCCGCAAGCGUUACGCCCACCUCUCCAUGGAGGAUGGGGAGAUUGCCGUGGAUCUGAACAUUCCCUGGGGUGUGGCGGCGCUUCUCACCCUCGUCUACCUGGACGGGAAGUAUUGCUUAAAGACCUGCGACGGCCGCUUCCUCAGCAAUGACGGGAAGCUCUUGACGGAGAGCGGGGGGCCACGGCGAUACACGCUAGAGCUAAAGUGUGGGAAGCUGGCCUUUAAAGACUGUGAGGGGAAGUAUUUGUCUCCUAUGGGGCCUACGGGCACCCUGAGGUCUGGACGCUGCUCCAAGCCAGGCAAAGAUGAACUGUUUGACCUGGAGGAGAGCCACCCACAGGUGGUUCUGACGGCAGCCAAUGGGCGAUAUGUCUCCAUAAGACAAGGAGUCAGCCUUGCAGCCAAUCAGGAAGAUGAGACAGACAUGGAGACAUUUCAGAUGGAGAUUGACAAGGAAACCAAGAAGUGCACAUUUCGCACCAGCCAAGGGAACUACUGGGCCCUGGUGGCUCACGGAGGCAUCCAGAGUACUGCCACUGAAGUGUCAGCAAACACCAUGUUUGCAGUGGAGUGGUUUGGCCACAAAGUGGCACUAAAAGCUAACAAUGGAAAAUAUAUUUGCACCAAGAAGAAUGGCCAGCUUCUCGCUGUCAGUGACGCCAUAGGUAAGAGACUCCCUGGUUUGGCUUUUUGUUCUUCUUUGUCUUUUACCCUCCUCUCCACUGAUGUGUCUCCUCCAGGUGACGACGAGCAGCUCACUCUGAAACUGAUCAACCGACCUAUGCUGAUCUUAAGAGGGGAAAACGGCUUUAUCUGCCACCACAAGAACUCCAACACACUGGAUGCCAGCAGAUCUAUUUACGACAUUUUCACCUUGCAACACAGUAAUGGGGCCUACCAUAUUAAAGGUGUGGAUGGUCGGUUCUGGUACGUGAACAGUGCCGGGCUGGUGUGCUCAGAUGGCGAGGCCCCUGAGGAUUUCACUCUGGAGCUCCUCGAGCAUGGUCGCCUCGCCAUCCGUGGCAAGAACGGCAAAUACCUGCGUGGAGACCAAGGAGGCACGCUGAAGGGAGACGGACUCAGUCUGAGCAGCUCAGCGCUGUGGGAGUAUUAAUACAGUCUGGUUCAAAUCUGAGGCCCGUGAUGAAUGAACUUAAACCUGCUGGCAUUUCAUUCCAUGUUUUUCCUCCUUCCUGCUGCAAAGAGGCUGCAACAGAGGACUAAAGGACAAUACAGGCAGGAGAAAGAGGAAGAGGAAUUGACCGUGGAUAAUCAGCCAAGAGAAGUCUUGAUGAAGUGAACAAUGUUUUGAGAGAGCGCUUGAUCUCAAGACAAAAUUGGUGUGACUGAACAUUAGAGUUUUUGUGUUGUUCCUUUAGAAGUAUUUGCUGCAAGAUCAAAUGAAUGUCUGACACUUAAGAAAUAAAGACAUGUAGAUUUUCCAGUAUUCUUUCAGACAUGUAAAACCAAGCAUCAGUGUGACAUAAAACCAUCUUUUCAGUCCUAUCCCUGCCUUUAUCGCCCCAGCCUUUCUACAACACCGUACAGGUGUUACAUUAGUAACAGCCAAGGUGUCACUCAUCCAGUCUAGUCUAGUCCAAGAGCUACGGUGACUCAGGGUGCCAUUUGAGACUGACAUAGCCACCGUUAGGAGUGACGUCACCUUUUGGAGGAGUUCAAGUCAUUAGCAUGGUAUCAUUGUCUGAGGAUGUUUAUUUGCAGAGAAGAAUUACUGGGGUUUCUAGUUGACACCUGAAAACAGUAACCAAGACUCAUGUACAUGUUAGCAGUACUAAUAGGAUCACUUCAAGCUGCAACUGGAGUGGGUGGAUUUUUUUUCUUUUCAUCAUUUAGUUUUAAUUUAUCCUUCUGUUCUACAUUUCUUCUGUCUUUUAUGAACAUGGAGAUAAUAAAUAAACUAAACUUGUAUGGCUGGUUAUGUUUUGUUUUAGUCAUGUCACAUUUAACAGAAACACAAAUUAAUGAAACUACAGUGUUAUUUUGUGAAUUUAAAAACUUAAUUACAGGUAAACAACACAGCAGUAAAGCUUUACAUGCACCUACAACAUACUCCUUAGACCUGUGGUUUCCAACCCCCCCAAACGUGAGGCUCUUUUUCUAAACUGCUGUCAGACAAUUACAUUGACCGCUAUGAUGAUGCUGCACUAAACUGGAACACGUGCGUUGGGCAGAUCUGAAGGUAACCUCAUCAUUCAUCUGGUUUAGCUGCAUGGAGCAAUCAGGUCCAGUUCAGCACACAGCUGCAAUUUAGACCCCUGUACGUUCUGGUUUAGCUGGACUCAUUCUAAACCACAGUUAAGCUGGUCAGACGCCAGAGCAGCAGCCCCCCCGUGGUUCACCCACACAGCUGUUUUCACAUGCUGCCUGAUUAGGCCUCUUCUCAUCUUCACAAUUUUUCUCUGAUUUUGGCGACCUCAGUAACCUCCCAGCAGAGCUCCGUCCAAAUUCAACCAGAGAACAGGUCUAAUUGGCCCAUGUCAUCAGUCUCCUUUUCCAGGAAUAUUUAAGUCUCAGUCCAGGUCAUCUGUUCAGUGUUGAUUCAAGGAAACACAACAAGCUCCAGUGGCGCAAU